UGAACCAGUAAUUUUACAAAAUCGCCUGCAUUAUUUUCUAUUUUCGCACAUGGUUUUUGGUACAAUCGGUUUUAUUACGGUUCACUUGGAAUGGAGCAAACACCUGCAGCGAUGGAUCGACAUUUUGAAGUUAUACAGUAUCGGAAAGAAGGUGGUGUACUACUGGGGGCCUCCAGUCUGACCGGUCGCUACUGGUUCGGCUCCCUGUGGUACUAUGAGGACCCUGAAGUGGCCCCAGAUGUGGACAAGUGUACCGCAGGGGUGCAGCUGGAGGCAGGGCUCAAUGAUGCAUGCUGGGUCGAUGAUAAACGAGUUCUCGUGGGCAUGGAUACUGGGGGCCUAGCGUUGUGGGAGCUGACGGACAAUCUGCACACAUUUAUUGAGCAGAGCUCGGCCACUGAGCACGAUGAUCUGGUGUCGUCUGUCUGUGUGUGUGCCAGCAGUGGCAGAUUCCUCUCUGCUAGUCAUGACAGAUGCAUCAAAGUUUGGGACCAAGAAACCCUGAGAUCAAUUAACACAUACAGAGCCCACGCAGGUGUAGUACACAGUGUUUGUAGUCACCCAUCAAUACCAGAAGUGUUCCUGUCUACCUCACAAGAUGGCACAGUUUGCCUGUGGGAUACCAGAAAACCAAAGCCUGUAUCAAAACUUGACAAAUCCCCAAUGCGCAGUGCACCCACAUGCAUUGCCUGGCAGCCAGGGGUUGACAAUGUUUACGCCGUCGGCAGCGAAUGCGGCCUGUUGGUUUUCAAGGAUACAAGAUCUGCAGUGACUGAAACCAUCUCUCUACGACCACAUCAUCGGGGCAUUACUAGAGUUCAGUUCCAGCCAGAUAAGAAUUCCACGUUGGCAUCUGUGUCAGAAGACUGCACUGUGAUGGUUGUGGACAUUGCUGAGGAGCAUCCCAAGCAGCUGUAUAGGAGUACUCAACACAGUGACUUUAUAAGAGGUUUAUCCUGGGCCAAUGACGGAUCAAAUGUACAGAAGUUCAUAACAUGUGGCUGGGAUUCGAGAGUGUUUUCACAUCUGGUGCCCAGCUUUAGUGAUGCAACGAUUAUGGGCGGUGAACACAUAAAAAUGGAGGUGAAUGGGGAACCAGAAGCCACUGAGUCUGUAGUUUCCAAGAUCAAAGACAAUGGAUUCGUGGCAACUAAAUAUGAAGUGCUUACCAAUGGUGAGGGCAACUUUGGAGAUGUUCAACAGGAAUGCACUGCAGAAACCCAUUCAUGAUGAAUGGAUAAUUAUAAGACUAAUGUUGUAAAGUGUACUGAGCAUGUUAUGUCAGUAUAAAGAAUAGUUUACGUAUGAAAAAAAUGUAUUGUUCUUAUAAGAGAGGCACCAUUAGUUCAUCCGUAACAAUUAAAUAUCAAAUGUUUAGGGUUUUGUGCUGUACUUAAGAAAACCAAUUUGCUUUAAUUUGUUUACUUUUUUAUACAUGUGUGAUAACCUUUAUGUGCUAUGAGCGUAACAUUUUGAAGUUUUAUACAUUCUGUAAUAAAUCUUAUAUAAUGCUCAAGAAAAUGUUCACUUAUUACUUAAACUUUUAUUUCUCGUUUCUUUUUUUAGUUUAACAGAUCACUGGUGUGACUGUGAUUCUGUAGGCAACAAAGAAGUAAAAUACGUUCAUAUCUGAUAUUUUUUCAAGAACCUUAACCUUCAAAUUUUGCAAAGUAUGUUUAUAUAAUGCUAUGGUUGUAUCAAUGAUACUUGUGAAGAUGAUGUGAAAAUUUAGAAGACAUUACAUGAUAUGUCGCAAUCAAUGUAAGCCUUACAUUUGUUUCUUUUUAUAUUGUAAUAGAUACAUAAGUCACGUAUAAACUAAACAAUAUUUUGUCUGAUUUGUGAUACAAUUGAAACAUUCAUUAAAAUUAUUAUGUGUGUUUAAAGUUCGGCCUAGAAAUAAUUGAGCCUUGUUCUGGGAAAACUGGGCAUGUGCAGUCUGCACAGGCUAAUCAAGGAUGACAAUUUCCGCCUUAAGUGGAUUGUGUUUAGAAGAUACUUUAAACAAAAAAUUAUAUAAAAGCGAAAAGUGGCAUCCCAGAUUUGCCGGUGCAGACUGCACAGGCUAAACUGGGUCAGCAUUUUACACACAGGCAAUUAGCCCAGUUCUCCCAGAGCGAGGCUUGAUUGUUUAUAUUUCAAAUGAUUGUAAGCUGACUGAAAUGGCUUCCAGUCAGCUAGUAAUUCCAUUGAUUAUUUUUGUCAUUAAAAUUUUAAAAUUGUU